GACAAGACAGAAGAAGACAGAAAGAACCCAGGCUGAAGUACAGCAACCCACAGCGAGGAGAGCAGGCCUAUGCCUCUACCUCCCUUCAGCUAUGUCUGAAAUGGAACCAAAUGGAACCUCGAACGACCACGACAUGAACUGCGUGAUCGAAAACUUCAAGCAAGAAUAUUACCCAAUCAUAUAUCCAAUAAUAUUUAUGUGGGGAGUCUUGGGAAAUGGCUUUUCUGCAUAUAUUUUCCUACAACCUUUUAAGAAGUCGACAUCUGGGAAUGUUUUCAUGCUCAAUCUCGCUAUUUCAGAUCUCUUGUUCACAAUCACUCUGCCCUUUCGGGCUGACUACUAUUUAAGGGGUUCCGACUGGAAAUUUGGGGACGUGGCCUGCAGAAUUAUGUCUUAUUCCUUGUAUGUGAACAUGUACACCAGCAUCUACUUCCUAACUGUGCUGAGUGUUGUGCGUUUCCUGGCCACCGUCCACCCCCUCCAGUUCCUCCACAUCACCAGCAUCAGGAGUGCCUGGAUUCUGUGUGCAGUCAUCUGGGUCUUUAUCAUGGCUUCCUCCUCAGUGCUUCUGAAGAGUGGCGCAGAGAAGAAGGGCAACAUCACCUUAUGUUUGGAACUGAAUCCUCAAAAGCGCGAAAAGCUGCUGGUCAUGAACCACAUUGCCUUGGUGGUAGGCUUUCUGAUACCAUUCUUCACACUCACCACCUGUUACCUGCUGAUCAUUCGGGUCCUGUUAAAGGUAGAGAUUCCAGAACUGGGCCUGCGGGCUUCUCACAGGAAGGCUCUGACCACCAUUGUCAUUGCCUUGGUCAUCUUCCUAUUGUGUUUCCUGCCUUAUCACACACUGAGGACCCUCCAUCUGCUCACGUGGCACAAGGACUCGUGUGGAGAUUGGCUGCAUAAAGCUGUGGUCAUCACCUUGUCCUUGGCUUCUGCCAACUGCUGCUUCAAUCCUUUCCUCUACUACUUUGCUGGGGAGAAUUUCAAGGAUCGAUUAAAGGUUGUACUCAGUAAAGAAGGUCUACAGAAGGCAAAGAUGAAAUUCAGACUUCCUAUUUGUGUGUGAAUGAAACAAGCAAGAUUGUAAGAUGUUAUUAGAAAGCUACUGGAGGAGGUACGUCUUCAACACAAGAGAUUAAAUCAAGACAGAGGAAAACAUGGCAGCUCUGAACCCAGCACUCUGACUCCAGGGAAAAAGGAGGAGCAUUACCAGGAUAUUGGUGUGCACAUGAGUGAGAAAGCAACUCGUGCAGAUUAGAGCAAAAUCUCCAAGGACUCUUAGAGGGACAUUGCCAGGAAAGACAAGAAACCAAUGAUUCACACAACUUGAGAGGAGUUUUGAUUUCUUUUGGUGAGCUUGGGAUGAGUUGGGGAUACAUAUAUAGGAAAAUAAGCAAAUAAGAAGAAAAUGCAGUUAUGAAGUGCUACAAAAAAGGUAUUGUAUAAAGGAAGGAAUAUACCCACAGAACACUAUGUGGCUCAGCUAUGAAUAAUAUUUACAUAGAGAAUGAUAUGAAUAUAGACUUACUAUGAGAUACUCCUCCCCCACCAGGAAAUGAGGGAAGAAGGAUGUGCAGGCAUGGGGGAGAAGUAUAAAAAGCCUGAGUUCUCAUCUUCCAUCCAAGAGAAUGCAUGUUAACUAAUGCAUAUUAACUACAUUGAUGAGUAGCUGUCCAAGCAGGUUGCUUAGAAA